AUGGCCAUUCAGCUUGCUCUUCUUCUAUCGCUGCUCUUUGGCAUCCUGCUUGUGCCAGGAUGUGUAGCCACACCGGCCAUGGCUCCUAGUACUCUCCUACAGAUGAAAUCCAGUCUCAUCGAUCCUCAAGGCAUACUCUCUGGCUGGUCGCUUGAGGCUGAUGUGUGCUCCUGGCAUGGUGUUUCAUGCCUGCCAGGAGAGAGCAUUGUGGCAGGCCUCAACUUGUCCAGAUAUGGCCUAUCGGGCACACUAUCUCCGGCGAUAGCUGGCCUUAUAUCUGUCGAGUUCAUCGACCUAUCCUCCAACUCCCUCACCGGGCCAAUCCCGCCGGAGCUCGGCAUGCUUCAGAAUCUGAAGACGCUGCUCCUCUACUCCAACUUCCUCACCGGUACCAUUCCAGCGGAGCUGGGCCUCCUCGAGAAUCUCAAUGUUCUCAGGAUUGGCGACAACAGGCUGCAUGGCGAGAUACCACCGCAUCUCGGCAACUGCACGGUGCUCGAGACACUGGCCUUGGCCUCUUGCCAGCUGAGUGGCAGCAUUCCUUACCAGAUUGGCAACCUGAAGAACCUGCAGAAGCUGGUCUUGGAUAACAACACUCUCACCGGCAGCAUCCCGGAGCAGCUUGGAGGUUGCGUAAGUUUGCGUAUUCUUUCAGUGCCUGAUAAUAGGCUCGGGGGCAGCAUUCCCUCAUUCAUUGGCAGCCUGAGUGUUCUCCAGUCCCUCAACCUUGCAAACAAUCAGUUUUCUGGUGCGAUUCCGGCGGAGAUUGGGAGUCUUUCCAGCCUGACAUACCUCAACCUGCUCGGCAACAGACUGACCGGUGCCAUCCCAGAAGAGCUAAAUCGGCUGAGCCAGCUGCAGGUUCUGGACUUGUCCCAAAACAACAUUUCUGGAGAGAUCAGCAUCUCCACAUCACAGCUGAAGAACCUGAAGUACCUUGUGCUGUCUGACAAUCUCCUGGAUGGCAACAUCCCUGAAGGCCUCUGCCCCGGGAACUCAAGCUUGGAGAACUUGUUCCUUGCGGGGAACAACCUUGAAGGAGGCAUUGAGGGGCUGCUUAACUGCAUUUCAAUGCGAUCCAUUGAUGCGUCGAACAAUAGCUUCACUGGGAAGAUUCCAUCGGAGAUUGACCGAUUGUCAAACCUCGUCAACCUUGUGCUGCACAACAAUAGCCUUACAGGUGUUCUGCCACCUCAGGUAGGAAACUUGGGAAACCUGGAGGUACUGUCCCUGUACCACAAUGGCCUCACCGGCGUGAUCCCACCAGAGAUUGGCCAGCUGCAGAGGCUGACGACCUUGUUCCUCUACGAGAACCAGAUGUCUGGGAUCAUACCUGAUGAGAUCACCAACUGCACGAGCUUGGAGGAGGUGGACUUCUUUGGCAACCAUUUUCAUGGAACUAUCCCUCAGAGGAUUGGGAACCUCAAGAACCUGGAAGUGCUUCAACUCCGUCAGAAUGACUUGUCUGGCUCUAUUCCGGCGAGCCUUGGCGAGUGCACGCAGCUUCAGGCCUUGGCAUUGGCGGACAACCGGCUCUCAGGCGCAUUGCCAGACACAUUCAGGCAUCUCACCCAGCUGAGCAUCAUCACCCUGUACAACAACUCGCUCGAGGGCCCCCUUCCCGAGGCGCUGUUUGAGCUCAAGAACCUGACAGUGAUCAACAUCUCACACAACAGGUUCAGUGGCAGCGUCGUCCCUCUCCUUGGGUCGAGCUCCCUCGCUGUGCUUGUGCUGACUGACAACAGAUUCUCUGGUGUGAUCCCGACGGCAGUUGCACGGUCGCGGAACAUGGUCCGCCUCCAGCUGGCUGGCAACCAGCUAGCCGGUGCAAUCCCUGCCGAGUUAGGCAACCUGACACGGCUCAGGAUGCUCGACCUCUCCUCCAACAACUUCUCCGGCAAUGUCCCAUCAGAGCUCUCCAACUGUUUGCAGCUCACCCAUCUGAAUCUUGAAGGGAACAGUCUGACAGGGGCCGUGCCUUCUUGGCUUGGCAGCCUGCGCUUCCUCGGAGAGCUCGACCUCUCGUCGAAUGCAUUAAGUGGUGGCAUACCAGUGGAGCUCGGCAACUGCUCGAGCCUCCUAAAGCUGUCUCUCAGCGACAAUCAUCUCUCCGGCAGCAUUCCGCAGGAGAUCGGCAGGCUCACAUCCUUGAACGUUCUCAACAUCCAGAAGAACAGUCUCACCGGCGUCAUACCACCGACACUCCGGCAGUGCAACAAGCUGUACGAGCUGAGCCUAUCGGAGAACUCGCUGGAGGGGCCAAUCCCACAAGAGCUCGGGCAGCUAUCGGAGCUACAGGUGAUGCUGGACCUAAGCCGGAACAAGCUGUCUGGCCAGAUUCCGACGUCCCUCGGUAACCUUGUGAAGCUGGAGCGGCUGAACCUGUCCUCCAACAAGCUACAUGGGCAGAUACCAUCUUCGCUGCUGCAGCUCACCAGCCUUAACCGCCUGAACUUGUCGGACAAUCUCCUCUCAGGCAUGAUACCUGCCGUGCUGUCUAGCUUCCCGGCUGCGUCCUACACUGGCAAUGACGAUCUCUGUGGCGCACCACUGCCGACGUGUGGGGCGAACGGGAGGCGGCUGCCAAGCGCGGUGGUUUCUGGCAUCGUGGCGGCCAUUGCCAUCGUCUCGGCGGCGGUGUGCAUGGCCCUGCUGUACAUAAUGCUCAGGAUGUGGAGCAACUGGAGGGAGGUAUCGGUGUCGAGCUCGGACGGUGAGGAGCCGCCAGAGCAUGGCAAGGGGAGCAAGUGCAGCGCCAGGGACGGGAAGUACUGGAAGGUCGGCUCAGGCUUAGUUGUGGCGUCGUCGGAGGAGAAGUACAGCUCGGCGUCGGAGAGCAGCGUUCUCCAUGGGAAGUCUACGGAGGCGAUCGCCAUGAACCUGAAGGGCUAG